AUAAGAAAGAUGGGAAAAUGUAAGCCCGCGAAAAGUAAACGUAACAAAAAAAAAAAAAAAAUAAUAAUUUUCCUAGUAACUCAAUCUUCGCCAAACGAAAUGUAGUAAAAAAAAAAAUUAACGCCAAAAACUUUCUUGUGAUUGCGGCAACCCUAGCCAGGGGAGCAUUCAACAGUUCGCAUCUCACCGCCGCUAGUUACUACGGCCCUUUCCCAGAUCGGAAUUCUAGGCGGAGCAAGUGAAAGCAAGAUGGCGGCGGGCAUUCGAAUGUCCGCUUUACUCCGGACGGUGUUGUCAUUGUUUCUCGUAGCAGUAUUUCAGUUUGCGCGGUGCCAAGAACACCAGAAAGAAAUCACGCUUUCCGAAAUCCAUAGUACAGCGGAUCAGCAAAAUCAAUGCUACGACGCGUUUCGUAGACCCUUACGAUGCGUACCAGAGUUUGUGAACGCGGCCUUCAAUGUGCGGGUGGAAGCGACAAACACGUGCGGAACCAGGGGCCCCACGGAGUACUGCCUGCAGACGGGUCUCACCCAAGCCAAAAAAUCGUGCGAAGUUUGCGACGCGACCAAUGCUUCAAUAGCCCAUCCCCCAGAAUAUCUGACGGAUUUUAAUAACAACGACAAUCCCACAUGGUGGCAGAGUGAGACGAUGUACGAAGGGAUUCAGUACCCAAACCGGGUGAAUCUCACACUGCAUCUCGGUAAAUCCUUCGACAUCACGUAUGUCCGUGUGAAGUUCUAUAAUAGCCGUCCUGAGAGUUUCGCCAUUUAUAAAAGAACCAGCGAAGAUGGUGAAUGGAUUCCUUAUCAAUAUUACAGUGCUACCUGCCAGUCAACAUAUGGCGUGAACGUCUCUCUCUUUACGACGUAUGGUGAUGAAACUAAAGCGUUGUGUACUACAGAAUUCAGUGAUAUUUCUCCUCUUACUGGUGGCAACGUCGCUUUUAGUACUUUGGAAGGACGUCCAUCUGCGUAUGUUGAUUAUGACAACAAUCCUGUUUUACAGGUGAGCAGCUGA